CUCGCCGCUGCGUGCCGCGGCCAUAAUAAAGACCGGAAGCUGAGCUUUUAUCCUUCAGUAGCCCGGUUUCCUCUACAUGAAAGACUUGAAAAGCAGUUGAAGAAUACGAGGAGAGAGUUUUGAGUUCCCAGUAAAUACCAGUUCUUGUGUAGUGACCAUUUUACUCCUGAUCUUGAUAUCAGAUGGAGUAUCCAUUAUUUAAAGCAAACUGCAAUCAUUCCUUUGCCCCAAGACUAUCAGGGAAAAGAUACUUCUAAAAACAAGUCUCAGAAGAGAAAAUUGGGUGAUGUGAAAGAAGUAUGCCUAAAAGCCAAGUCUGAAGAAUCACUUGGAUCAAAUGAAGCAAAGGAAAAUACAGGUAACAUAGAUGUACUCUCUGAACAUGCAGAAUUACUUGAUUCAUCUGCUUUGUUGAAGCCACCACCCCCAAGUGUAUAAAGCAUAUAAGGUAAUAUAUUAACUCUUAAGCGAUACCAUAAAACAUCACUAAAUCAAGAUUUAGGUAUAGUUGGGUUUUCUACAUCUUUUGAGAAUCAAAAUUCUCCAACUGUUGCUUUGACAACUUCAAAUUCAGAAGACAUGAUUGCCAACCAUCUUGUUAAUCCAAACUUUAUAAUUAAUUUCCUGACCUUGUCAGGUCAGGAAAAUUCAUUCCUCUUCAGCACAGUUGAAAAAUUAAACAUAAAUAACAAAUUUAUUAUUACCAUUUUAAUGCAGAUAGUAAAGUCUAAGCCUGCAGUUAAUUCUUUCAUACCAGCUUCAAAGGAAACCAUGAAAAUGGAAGACACAGACACUGAAUACUCCUUCUAUAGGGAUGUAGACCAUAGUGCUGAAGUUUUACAAACUGAACAUUCUUACUCCAGACAAGAUACAAAUAAGGAACAUCUUUGGCAAGAAGUCUUUAGCCUACACUCAAAGAUCACUCUUUUUGAGCUAUAAGAACAACAGAUUCUUUGGAAACUCUUUAUGAGCCAGCUACAGCAGGAGAACUGUCUAUCUGAAGAAACAUCAAGAUAAUAUAUAGUCACUGUGAUCACUGUGAUAUAAAAAAGGUUUUAAGGCCAUGAUUUUUGUAUCCGCCUUUUCCAGAUAAAUAAAAUCAUGUGGGAAAUGAACUAUGUCCUGUAUAUAAAGUUCUUUGAAGCUAUGAAAGCACUUUACAUAGAGCAUCCUAUUCUUAUAAUGCUCAGUAUAAGAGGAGAAACAAGGAGACUUGUUUGACUGAAGAAACAGUCUUAUUACUUGAUAAUUAUCCUAUUAUAAUUACAAAAUAAAAUAGAAAUAAUAGAAAAAAGAUGCAGUCAAAAUUGGCCAGACUACAUCAGUCCUGGUUGUGCUUCUGGCAUAUGA